CUCACUCGCUCGCUCUCUCUCUCCUGUCACACUCGCGCUCUCUCCCCCCCUGCGCCAUGGAGACGGGUCCCGGUCCCCGCCGGAGGAGCGCUGCCGCCAAGGAACCUGCCGGAAUGGGGGCGCGGUUUCCGUAGAAACCCGCCGCUCGCUCGCUCGCCCGCCCGCUCGCUCGCUCUCUCUCUCUCCCUCGCCGCUGCGUCUCCGGGCUGGAGCCGGUAGCCUGCCACGGGUGCGACGGGGAAAAAGAAGAAGGAUCUCUCCAUCCUCUCCUCUCCUCUACGCUACCCCCUGCGCCUGCGGAAGGAUCCCUACCUCUCUCCUCCCUCCUCCCUCCUCCCCCUGCUCCUCCUCCUCCUCCGUCAGUCACCUUCAGCUUCAGUAGGAUUGCUGAGCGCUGUCGGGCAUGGCGCACGCUGCCUCCCAGAUCAAGAAGAACAAGGACUUUGACGUGAACGACGUCGAGGACGAGAAAGACAAGAAGAAGAAAAACAGGAAGAAGUCCCGCGAACAAAAGAAGAAGUCUGACAGCAACGCCAGCUACCUGCGGGCCGCCCGGGCGGGGAACUUGGAGAAGGCCCUCGACUACCUGAAGACGGGCGUCGACAUCAACAUCUGCAAUCAGAAUGGACUCAACGCGCUGCACCUCUCCUCCAAAGAGGGCCAUGUGGAGGUCGUGGCCGAGCUGCUCAAGCUCGGGGCCAACGUGGACGCCGCGACGAAGAAAGGAAACACGGCGCUGCAUAUAGCCUCGCUGGCCGGCCAGGCGGACGUGGUGAAGGAGCUGGUGAACCACGGGGCCAACGUCAACGCCCAGUCACAGAAUGGGUUCACUCCACUCUACAUGGCCGCCCAGGAGAACCACCUGGAUGUGGUGCAGUUUCUCCUGGAGAACAGCGCCAGCCAGAGCAUGGCCACAGAGGAUGGCUUCACCCCCCUGGCGGUGGCUCUGCAGCAGGGACAUGACCAGGUGGUGUCGCUGCUCCUGGAGAACGACACCAAGGGCAAGGUGCGCCUGCCGGCCCUGCACAUCGCCGCCCGCAAGGACGACACCAAGGCUGCGGCCCUGCUCCUGCAGAACGACCACAACGCGGACGUGGAGUCCAAGAUGAUGGUGAAUAGAACGACGGAGAGCGGCUUCACCCCCCUCCACAUCGCCGCUCACUAUGGCAACAUUAACGUGGCAACGCUGCUGCUGAACCGCGGUGCUGCGGUGGACUUCACAGCAAGGAAUGACAUCACCCCUCUCCACGUCGCGUCGAAGCGGGGGAACGGAAACAUGGUCAAGCUGCUGCUGGAACGGGGGGCGAAAAUAGACGCCAAAACCAAGGACGGGCUGACCCCCCUGCACUGUGGGGCCCGGAGCGGUCACGAGCAGGUGGUGGAGAUGCUGCUGGACAGGGGGGCCCCAAUUUUGUCCAAAACAAAGAACGGGCUGUCUCCUUUGCACAUGGCCACUCAGGGAGACCACCUCAACUGUGUGCAGCUGCUGCUGCAGAACGACGUGCCCGUGGACGACGUCACCAACGACUACCUGACGGCGCUGCACGUGGCCGCCCACUGCGGCCACUACAAGGUGGCCAAGGUCAUCGUGGACAAGAAGGCCAACCCCAAUGCCAAAGCGCUGAACGGUUUCACUCCGCUCCACAUCGCCUGCAAGAAGAACCGCAUCAAAGUGAUGGAGCUGCUGCUGAAGCACGGGGCGUCGAUCCAGGCCGUGACCGAGUCGGGACUCACGCCGAUCCACGUGGCCGCGUUCAUGGGCUACGAGAACAUCGUGACCCAGCUGACGCACCACGGAGCCUCGCCCAACGCCACCAACGUGAGGGGAGAGACUGCGCUCCACAUGGCAGCCCGGGCGGGGCAGGUGAAUGUGGUCAAACACCUGGUGAAGGCCGGGGCCAAAGUGGAGGUUAAGGCCAAGGACGACCAGACCCCGCUGCACAUCUCCAGCCGGCUGGGGAAGGCCGACAUCGUUCAGCACCUGCUGCAGCGCGGGGCGUCGGCCAACGCCUCCACCACCUCGGGGUACACGCCCCUGCACCUGGCCGCCCGCGAGGGCCACGAGGAGGUGGCGGCCCUGCUGCUGGAGCAGGGCGCCUCGCUGUCCGCCACCACCAAGAAAGGCUUCACCCCCCUGCAUGUGGCGGCUAAAUAUGGAAAGAUGGAAGUGGCCAAGCUCCUCCUUCAGAAGGGCGCCACCCCCGACGCGGCGGGAAAGAGUGGCCUAACUCCCCUGCACGUCGCAGCGCACUACGACAACCAGAAGGUGGCGCUCCUCCUGCUGGACCAGGGAGCCUCCCCCCACGCUGCUGCCAAGAACGGCUACACCCCGCUGCACAUCGCUGCCAAGAAGAGCCAGAUGGACAUUGGCACCACGCUGCUGGAGUACGGCGCAGACACGGGCGCUGGCACGCGCCAGGGCAUCCGCCCGCUGCACCUGGCCGCCCAGGAGGGCAGCGUGGACAUGGUGUCGCUGCUGCUCGCCAAGAGCGCCAACGUCAACCUGGGCAACAAGAGCGGGCUAACGCCACUGCACUUAGCAGCACAGACGGACAAAGUGAGCGUGGCUGAGGUGCUGACCAAUCAGGGGGCGGCUAUUGAACCCCAGACGAAGAUGGGAUACACUCCACUGCAUGUGGCCUGUCACUAUGGCAACGUGAAGAUGGUGAACUUCCUCUUGCAGAAUCGGGCUAAGGUCAAUGCAAAAACGAAGAAUGGGUACACGCCCCUGCACCAGGCGGCACAGCAAGGCCACACCCACAUCAUUAACAUAUUGCUGCAGCAUGGCGCCUCCCCCAAUGAGCUCACUGUGAACGGAAACACGGCCUUGUCCAUCGCCAGGAGGCUGGGCUACAUCUCGGUGGUGGACACCCUGAAGGUCGUUACCGAGGAGACGUCGACCGCCGCGGCUGUGAUGGAAAAGCAUAAAAUGAAUGUUCCGGAAACUAUGAAUGAGGUCCUUGACAUGUCAGAUGAUGAAGGUGAGGAUGCGGUGACCGGCGACACCGACAAGUACCUGCGGCCCCAGGACCUGAAGGAACUCGGCGACGACUCUCUUCCGCAGGAGGGCUAUAUGGGAUUCAGCCUCGGCGCGCGGUCUGCCAGCCCUAGGAUAAGUUCGGAUAGGUCCAACACGCUGAACCGCAGCUCCUUCACCCGCGACAGCAUGAUGAUCGAGGAGAUCCUGGCGCCCAAGGACACGCUUCAAAAUGUCUGUAAAGACAUCUCCUUCGUUGUCGAUCCUCAGAAUAAGCACCUGGCGGUGACGCGGGAGUGCAGCUCGGACACCCAGCGUCGGUACAGCUGGGCGGCUGACACCACGGACAACGCCCACCUGGUCUCCAGCCCCAUACACUCAGGCUUCUGGUCUCCUCUCCCUCUGUAUGACUCCAGGUUCCUGGUCAGCUUCAUGGUGGACGCCCGCGGCGGCUCCAUGCGCGGCAGCCGCCACAACGGCAUGCGCAUCAUCAUCCCGCCGCGGAAGUGCACCGCGCCCACGCGCGUCACCUGCCGCCUGGUGCGCCGCCACAAGCUGGCGUCCCCGCCCCCCAUGGUGGAGGGGGAGGGGCUGGCCAGCCGGCUGGUGGAGGUGGGCCCGGCCGGGGCCCAGUUCCUGGGCCCUGUGAUAGUGGAGAUCCCCCAUUUUGGCUCCAUGCGGGGGAAGGAACGUGAGUUGAUUGUCCUGAGAAGUGAUAAUGGGGAAACGUGGAAGGAGCACCAGUACGACUACAGGCCCGAGGAGCUCAGCCACCUGCUCAAUGGGAUGGACGAAGAGCUGGACAGCUUGGACGAGCUGGAGAAGAAACGCAUCUGUCGCAUCGUCACCAGGGAUUUCCCACAGUACUUUGCGGUGGUGUCCCGGAUAAAGCAGGAGAGCAACCACAUGGGUCCGGAGGGAGGGGUUCUGACGAGCGUGACGGUGCCCAUGGUCCGCGCCUCCUUCCCCGAGGGGGCCCUGACUAAAAGGAUCCGCGUCGGCCUGCAGGCUCAGCCCGUCCCGGACGAGCUGGUGAAGAAGCUGGUGGGGUCCAGAGCCACCUUCAGCCCCAUAGUGACCGUAGAGCCUCGCAGGCGGAAGUUCCACAAGCCCAUCACCAUGACGAUCCCGGUCCCGCCUCCGUCUGCGGAGGGAAUGUCCAAUGGGUACCGAGGGGACAGCGCCCCCUGCCUGCGGCUCCUCUGCAGCAUAACAGGUGGCACCUCACCUGCCCAAUGGGAGGACAUCACGGGGACCACGCCUCUAUCCUUCGUGACCGAAUGUGUCUCCUUCACCACCAACGUGUCUGCCAGGUUCUGGCUGGCGGACUGCCACCAGGUGCCGGAGACCGUGGGCCUGGCCGCUCAGCUGUACCGCGAGCUCAUCUGCGUCCCCUACAUGGCCAAGUUCGUGGUGUUCGCCAAGAUGAACGACCCGGUGGAGUCGCGGCUGCGCUGCUUCUGCAUGACGGACGACAAGGUGGACAAGACGCUGGAGCAGCAGGAGAACUUCGAGGAGGUGGCGCGGAGCAAGGACAUCGAGGUUCUGGAAGGAAAGCCCAUACACGUGGAUUGCUAUGGCAACGUUGCUCCGCUGAUCAAAACUGGACAGCAGCUAGUGUUCAAUUUUUAUGCAUUCAAAGAAAACCGGCUUCCAUUUUGCGUGAAGAUCAGGGACGUUAGUCAAGAACCCUGUGGCCGAUUGUCCUUUCUUAAAGAGCCAAAGACCACUAAAGGUCUUCCACAGACUGCCAUCUGCAAUCUGAACAUCACACUGCCAACUCUGAAGAAGGAAAUGGAGUCAGAUCCAGAUGAAGAGGCCGACAAACCCGAGCGACGUCACACCUUCGCCUCGCUAGCCUUGCGUAAGCGCUACAGCUACCUGGCCGAGCCCGCAUCGAAAACAGUUGACCGAAGCUCACCAAGAACACUGCCUGCUGGUUACGCUUACAAACCUGUCUUUUCCACGAGACCUUACCAGGCCUGGGCGGCUGCUCCUGUUACCGUCGCUGGGCAAGCAAAAUCUGGAUUUGGUUCCCUCUCCAGCUCGUCGUCCAAUACACCGUCCGCCUCUCCACUGAAGUCCGUGUGGUCCAUCACCUCGGCGUCUCCAAUCAAGUCCAACCUCGGAGCCUCCACCGCAUCCUCGGUCAAGUCAGUUAGCGAUAUGGCUUCUCCCAUCAGGUCAUUUAGAACUAUUUCCUCCCCGAUAAAGACUGUAGUUCAGCAGCAAGCCCAGUAUCCGGUUCAGGUCUCCUCUCCUCUGCUCUCUUCCCCGGGUAAAAGCGCGCCGGACCCCGUGUCUGUGAAGGGCCUGGCGGUGUCUCUGGUUUCACGGACGUCCCCUGUCAUGAACUCGGGGUCACUGCUGGAGCGGUCUUCGAUUGCCAUGACCCCACCCGCGUCUCCAAAGUCGACAGUAAACAUGUACAGUUUGCCAUAUAAGUCGGUCAUAGCCUCUGCGUCACCUGCGGCGUCUUCCCCGAUGAAAAGUGUGUCUGGGCUGUCCUCAAUCAGAUCCAGUGCAGAUGCUACUAGUGUAUCAAAAGGACUGCUGGUUUCAUCUCUCUCCUCACCACUAAAAUCCUCGUCCACCCCCUCUGCUGCCGCACUGAUCAAUGGAUCCGUUUCACCAGUCAAAUACCCUUCUUCGUCGAGCCCUCUGUUUUCUGGCGGGCUUAGCAGCUUACAGGAAAGGAUACAAGCCACGACUCACGCGGCCACGACGAGUAUCAGCGCUGCUAUGGACGAAGCCGAAAAAACCUUCAAUUCCUGCUCAGCGUCUGGUUACGGAACGCUGAAGUCCAUAUCUUCCUCGCCUUCCUCGUCCUACCAGUCGAUAAGAUCUUCCCCAUCAACCUCCAUUUACGCAUCCCUGAGGUCUCCUCCAGCUUCCUCGACCACCUCUGUGACGUCCGCCACCAUCACUGUCCCUGUGUACUCUGUUAUAAACGUCAUGCCAGAGCCCCAGUUUAAAAAACUUCCUGAAGUCACCAGAUCAGCCGCGGCACUUGUGUCUCCUCUGAAGACCAGGACUGUGGAACCCCAAACCCCGGCCCAGUCUUCCUUCUCUAAGACACUGUCCCCAGUAAAAUCCGCCCUCUUUGCCAGUCCUGCAGCCCUGAAAUCAACUGCCACAUCUUCGAUGUCAUCCAGUCAGGAGAUCUUGAAGGAUGUGGCAGAAAUGAAGGAAGACUUAAUACGGAUGUCUGCUCUCUUACAGACGGACACCAGUCCAACAGCUAAAAGCUCCAGGUCAGACUCUCCCAAAGAACAAAAAAUUGAAGAUGAAGAGCCCUAUAGAAUUGUAGAGAAAGUGAAGCAGGAUCUAGUUAAAGUGAGUGAGAUCCUGACAAAGGACGCAUUGAGAGAGAGCAAAGCCUCCCUUCAAAAUAAGAGAUCUGAGGACGACUGGGUUGAGUUUUCAAAAGAUGAGAUACAGGAAUCUCAGCAGAAUGGACGGAGGUGUCCUCUGGCCUACGACACAGAUGGCUUCCAAGUCAGGACAAAGUCCAUAACUGAUCGAGAUUUCAAUCUAGCCAGGGUAGUGGACUACUUGACAAAUGACAUUGGGGCCAACUCCCUUUCAAAAAUCUCUGACGUGAAGUGCAGAUACGAUGAAGUGAGGAGAGAGGGUGAGGAAAAGCAAAAACGCAUUCUCAAGCCCACCAUGGCCCUGCAGGAGCACAAGCUUAAAAUGCCCCCGUCAAACAUGCGCUCCUCUCCCUCUGAGAAAGAGCUGUGCAAGCUUGCCGAGGCUUUGUUUGGCACCGAUGCCGUGGUGGUGUCCCCGGAUGACAUAUCGCACGACCAAGAUAAGAGUCCUCUCUCUGACAGCGGGUUUGAAACCCGGAGCGAGAAGACCCCCUCGGCCCCUCAGAGCGCCGAGAGCACGGGGCCCAAGCCUCUGUUCCACGACGUCCCCAUCCCUCCCGUCAUCACGGAGACGCGCACCGAGGUCGUGCAUGUCAUAAGGAGCUACGAGCCCACCGAGGACAGCCAGGAGCCCGCGGCCGAAGAAUCGCGAGCGUCGAUGUCACCUGUGUGCGUUCAGGCCGAGCCGCAAUCUAACGGGCCCGUCAGGGACAAGGCCAAGAGUUAUCAGGUGAAAAUCAACUCGGAGGACGACGCUGCAGGCAAAGGCAUGUGUGUCAAAGAGGAAACGCACAUCACCACCACAACUCGAAUGGUCUUCCACAAGCCCCAAGUAAAAGAGUCUGCAUCCGAGAGGAUCGAGGAAACCAUGUCGGUUCAGGACAUAAUGAAAGCAUUUCAGUCAGGCAGGGAUCCCUCCAGAGAGCUAGCUGGGUUGUUUGAGCACAAAGGCGGAGAAAAUCACAAAGGAACUGAAUCAUCAGCCCAGCUUCUGGAAAAGGACGUCCAUUCAAAACCCAAAGUGGAGAGAAUAAUCGAGGUUCACAUUGAAAAAGGAAAUAAAACAGAACCAACUGAGGUAAUCAUACGAGAGACAAAAAAUCACCCAGAGAAAGAGAUGUAUAUGUACAUGGGGGAUCACAGGAUAAAGGAGUUACCAAAUAAAGCAGACAUGGAUGAUGAUGUGCAUCAGGAAAAGGAGGAGCUUAUUACAGAAGAAUCACCUCCCCCCUACAUAGAAUCAUCUAGAGUAAGUACCCCAGUGUCACAGGAGGAGGACAGUCGUCCAGGUUCGGCUCAGCUUAUCACCGAUGACUCAUAUAGAACCUUGAAGCUACUGAGCCAGCACUCUGUUGAAUAUCAUGAUGAUGAUCCAACAGAUCACAGAGGAGAGUCCUACAGAUUUGCUGAGAAAAUGCUUCUUUCUGAGAAAUUUGACAUGUCUCACUCAGACACAGAGGAGUCCGGGACCGACCGUGCUCAUGCCCGAAGCUCGGAGCUACAGGAUGCAGAGAGGCAUAGAAGUGAGAGGGCUUCAAGUAGUCCCAAAAAAGAGUUCCUCAUGAAGCCAUCAAGGGAGGCAUCAGGUAAAUUUAAUUCUAAUGCAGAUCAGCACAAAAUGACAGUGUUGCAUUACACAGCAGAACCUGGUAGCCCAAAGCACUCUGUGUGGAUGCGUGUUACUGAAGACAAAGUGGACAGGAACAGAGAAAAGCUCAUAUAUGAAGACAGGGUGGAUCGAACCGUGAAGGAGGCGGAGGAAAAGCUGAGUGAGGUUUCUCAGUUUUUUCGUGAUAAAACGGAGAAACUGAAUGACGAGCUGCAGUCUCCCGAGAAGAAGGCCUGCAAGGGAAGUGCCAGAGAGACUCGGUCAGGACCCAGCUCCACGUGCAGCAGCCCUGAGAGAAAGCAUCGGAUGAACGGAGGUGGUAAUGAGGAGUGGGGUAAAGACAGAAUGGGAAAGCUGUUCAGCAGUGAAAGAAAAUGUGCCAGUUUGCCGAGCAGUCCCGAGAGACGUGUUUUGCCCCAGUUUAAUAAUGAUGAUAGACCCAAACGUGCCGAUAGCGUAUCGCACAGCUCUGACAGCGAGGCUUCUCAACCUUUCCAGCUUAAGUCGUCCACAGUGAGCUCUGUAAGACUAAAAUUUGAAUCUGAAGCUAAAAAACAAGAGUGGGGACAAAAGUGUGGGCAAACAAAACCCCCGGUUAAAAAACUACAGGAAAGUAAACUUCCUGUGUAUCAGUUUCUUGCUGGAGAAAGGGCUCUUAAAUCUGCAGAAGCAACUGACAAAGGGCCAAACCAUAGAGACACUGUAGAUAUUGAAUGCAAGGCAAUUAUUGGACAAAGCACAGAUAACAAUAGGACCCAGAUCUCCUCAGUAACCCAGAAACAAUCAAACAGAUCACCAAAACACUGUCAGGCAACAAAUAGCCAGGAACCGGAUACAAGGAUCUACAAGACCUGGGACAGCCAUGGAAAUGGAAACAAGAAUCAGAAGGAUAAUCUGUCCCAUACCCUCAUUCAAGGAACAUUAAAGGAGGCCAACGGGAAUGACAUUGAAAAUGUGGUCACAAGGCAAGAGCAAGGACAACUUUUUAAAAAUGGGACAUUGAACAAGGAAAUGACAGCAAAUUCCCCAACAAAAAAAACUAUCUAUACAGAACUGGUUGUUCAGGAUAAUGCUGAGGGCCUUGACGCCUGCAACGGGACCCUAAAAAAAAAGACGGAUUCCCAAAUUCCUGUUAGGAUGCCAUCUAGUUUCAGAGAGAAUAGCCAGUUUAAAAAGUCAACACCAGACAGCUUAAUAAAACCCUCUGAUAGGACUGGGUCACAAAUUCCCUCCUUGUGUAAAAAUAGAUUAGAGAGUAGUGUUGAUACAAGCACAUCUAGGGCAGAUUUAUCCAUAAGCAAACCCAAUGUUUUGGAGCGUAGCCUAGUUAAAGAUACCAUAUCCGAUGACGUUGGUAACAGCACUCCAGUAGAGUACAUGGAAAAAGCAGCAACCACAGUCAAAGCUGAAAGCUCUAGUGAUAUUAAAACACUGCCAGUUUAUGUCAGUAUACAAGUAGGCAAGCAGUAUGAGAAAGAAACUGCUGGUGUGCAGCAGGGAACUUACAAAAAGAUUGUCAGCCAGGAGAGCCGAACAGUGCACGAGACUCGGGGAAUGUUUUAUACUGUAAAACAGAAGCAACCGCCAUCUCCCCAAGGCAGCCCUGAAGACGACACUCUGGAGCAGGUCUCUUUUAUGGACAGCUCUGGGAAAAGUCCCCUAACCCCUGAGACUCCUAGUUCCGAGGAAGUUAGUUAUGACCUCACCUCCAGAACGCCAGAUUCUCUAUUUGGCUUCAUGUUAGGCAAAGCCAGUCCUAUUGCAGAAGUUUCUGAGGAAUUAGAGGAAGAGGAAGAAGACAAAGCCCCUUUUUUCCUCAAGGAUUCUCCAACAGGCAAGAUAAAACCUUCCCAAUCUGAGACCACAAAUGCAAACAAGGAUAUGGGGAAGAAAACUAAGGAAAAACGAGUUGCAUAUAUUGAAUUUCCUCCACCACCUCCAUUGGACCCAGAGCCAUCAGAGACUGAAAAAAAGGGUUCCUGUGCAUCAUCUGAGACGGAGACUGAAAUGAUGGAGGUCAACCUGCAGGAGGAGCAUGACAAACACCUUCUAUCUGAACCCAUCAUCAGAGUUCAGCCUCCAUCCCCUCUGCCCACUGUGAUGGGAGAUAGCGACUCCAGUGAUGAUGAGUCUAUAUUUCAACCCAUUCCCUUAAAAAAGUAUACCUUUAAGAUUUCAGAGGACGAUGAGAUGCGCUCCAAGCCUAAAAGGCAAGAAAAGAAUGGUAACCACAAUGAACAGGAAACAACGGGCAGUGAAGCCAAAGGAGAGGAUUUUGAGUUUGAGCAAAACGGAAACGAUCAGUCCGUUACCGACUGCUCAAUUGCAACUACUGCAGAGUUUUCUCAUGACACUGAUGCAACAGAAAUAGAUUCCCUUGAUGGGUAUGACCUUCAGGAUGAGGAUGAUGGUCUGAGUGAGCAGGACUCAAAACCAACAAGCCUACCCAAAGACAGUAGAAAAGAUAUGAAGGACAACCUUUCAAAGGCAUCGGAUCGCUCCUUUAGGCUUGAAGUCAUCGAGGAAGAGAAGGGUGGAAGUGAAGAAGGGGGAAAUGGAGAAGAAAAAGACUCAUCUGACAACAAGUCAGGAGAUGAAAACAAAGAAAUCUACUCUUUGGAAGGACGACAUCCGGACAGACAAGGAUUUGCAGAAAGCUACUUUAAUUACCAAUUAGAGGAGGAGUUUGACACAACUUUUAAAACUAGUGCAACCAAAGGCUUGGACUUUGAUCCUUGGCCCAGCAAAGGCGGAGAAGGUGACGUUUUUGAUUCUAGAAUUAAAGACGAAGAACCCAAGCCCUUCGGGUUGACUGUAGAGGACAGGUCACAAGCAACUACUCCAGACACUACCCCUGCCAGAACCCCAACAGAUGAGAGUACUCCAACUAGCGAGCCCAACCCUUUCCCCUUUCACGAAGGGAAGAUGUUUGAGAUGACUCGCGGUGGUGCAAUUGACAUGAGCAAGCGGGAUUUUGUUGAAGAGACACUUCAGUUUUUUCAGAUUGGUGAGCAUACGUCUGAAGGGAGGUCAGGGGUGAAAGGGAAAGGGGUCAGGAGUCCAGGUGGAGCUACCUCACAGGCAGGGGACAAUGCGCUAGAGAUAACGGAAAAUGCUCCCACUGACACUACGACCACAGUCAAGUGCAAUCUCAUUCAAACCAGCACUGACUGUCUGAACACGUCAUCUGGUGACAUAAUCAUAGCGGAGACAUCCUCAUGCACAAUAACAGCCUCCAAAGUUGAUUCUAAAUUGCGCACCCCUAUUAAAAUGGGGAUUGCAGCUUCCAUCACCAUAAAAAAAGAAGCUGGUUCAGUUGAAUUAACUGAGUGUAAAGCAGACUCGUUAGACAGUCCAAAUCCAGAACACUCAGGCUCUGAAACGCACACAGGCAGACUUGCAGCGUCCAAGUCAUCCGAGAGAAGAGAUUUCCCGACAGAGAAUCGCAAUAACAACAACAAUCUCGAGUCCUCAAACGUGCAGGCCAAUUACAUUCAGUGCGGCAGUGUAGUGUUCAAUUUGCAGUGCUCGUCAGAGCCCACUCUCCAGCAGGUCAGUAGGAUCGAGGCUUCCUUCUGCAGGGACCCUGAGAGCACGAGAGGAGAGGGUGAGCCAAGGGGGAGGAGAAGGACUAGCGAGUCCAAGGAAACUGAAGUUAGGCCCCCAAAGUCGAGGCUUCCGGUCAAAGCCCCUGGCUCAGCAAGCUCAAAAGCACUGAGUUCUACAGCACAGGGGAAGCAGAAGCCGAGACACGCAGUUAAACCCGAGGUCAGGAAAAAGGUAGACAGCAGCCCAACGGCCGUCGAACCCAGGUCUAGAAUUCCAGUAAAAGAGGUUAAGAGGAGUAACGUUAGUUCCCCCGUUUCAGUGCAGAUUGUGUCCAGGUCGGUGAGAACGGAGAAAGACCGAGCUAAGCAGGUGCCCCCCAGGUUGCCCGAUAAAGACAGGCCCAGUUUCGGCAGUGGCUCGGCGUGCGAGGCAGGCAGGGAGGUGUGCAAACGCUCCAUCGAGUACUUUAAGGGCCUUAGCGGGGAGACCCUAAAGCUGGUGGACCGCCUCUCUGACGAAGAGAAAAAGAUGCAGUCAGACAGCAUUUCCGAUGAAGACAGCACGUCAAGAAGCACCUCACUGUCGGAGGCCUCUCAGCCUUCCCUUACGUCGCGGUCCGCUAGGGGGCGGAGGGGCGACGCCGCGCCCGCGAGGGCGAAGGCUGAGCUGGCCGCCGGUGAGAGGCGGCGGAAUAGGCGGACUGGUGGGCAUGGAGGCAGUCAGGCUCCCCCCGUGGAGAUCAAGCCUAGCCCAGAGAGUCCUUGUGAGAGGACUGACUUGCGGAUGGCCAUAGUCGCUGACCAUCUGGGCCUGAGCUGGACUGAGCUGGCCAGGGAGAUGAAUUUCUCGGUUGAUGAAAUAAACCACAUCCGCCUGGAGAACCCAAACUCACUGACGGCACAGAGCUUCAUGCUGCUGAAGAAGUGGGUGAAAAGAGACGGCAAAGACGCCACAACGGACGCCCUAUCCGCCGUGCUGACGAAGGCGAACCGCAUGGACAUCGUGACGCUGCUGGAAGGCCCAAUAUUUGACUACGGUAACAUUUCAGGCACCAGAAGUUUUGCGGAUGAUAACUCUGCUUUCCUGGAUCAAGCAGACGGUUUCGACAAGCUGCAAAUGGAACUGUGCUCCCCCACAGAGCUGGGCCCGGACUCCCCCGGGCUGCUCUGGACAGACGAUGUCUUUAGUGAGGAGGAGGAGGAGGAGGGUAGGCUAGAGGCCUCUGCUGAAGCCCCCUGCAGGCCAUGCAGGCUGGCCCUGAUUGAGCAGCCCCAGGGCCCGGCCCCUGGCCCCUCUUCCCCAGAGGGCCCCAGGGUGGGCAGCAGGCAGCAGGGCUGUGUGGAAGAGGAGCCGAGCGUUACCCACACGGCCAGCGCCUCCUCAGAGCACCGCGGCUCCACCAGGGAGCGGGUGAGAGAGAGCGGGGCGUCAGUGGAGCGCCGGGGAGCGGGAGAGGAGCGGCAGCAGGAAGGGGGCGCCACCGAGUCCCCGCUGACAGCCUGGGCUCUGGCCCUGCGGGGCGGCAGCGAGUCUGCCUCUGAUGAGGAAGAGGAGGAGGAGGAGGAGGAGGAGGCUCGGGAGCGGUUGAACUCCCUGCGGGGGGAGAGCUCGGAGGGGGAGGAGAGGGAGGAGGCUGUGCUGAGUCACGCAGAACUGGCAGAAAGAGACCUGUCUUCAAUUCCAGGCUGGGGCGACGAGGUGCCCAACGUUACCAUGGAGACGCAACCCCAGGGCCGCGGUCUGAGCGCCGAGCCGAACAGCCAGCAGGAGCACAGCCAGGAGACGUCCAGCGAAUCCACCACGGUGUCCUCCAAGGCCAGAGCAGGCCGGCCCAAACAGAACGGGGAUCACACGCACCCCCCGUCCCAGGCCGGGACGUCCCGCACACCCCCGCAGCCCAGCGCGGCGAAGGGCCAGGACGAGCAGGCGGGGCCGGGGCGGGGCGAGGACGCCGUCCCGUCAGAGCACAGACCUCAGCAGCGUAAAGGUAGUAACUCCAGCUCAGAUGAAGAACGGACUGUCACCAGGGUGUUUCGCCGACGGGUGAUUCUUAAGGGAGAGGAGGCCAGAAACGCCCCCGGAGACUCCGUCACCGAGGAGCAGUUCGUCGACGAGGACGGCAACCUCGUCACGCGAAAAGUCAUCCGGAAAGUGAUCCGCCGCGGGGGCGCCUCCUCGGACGACAGGGACAGAAACGGCGGGAAAAGGGCGGCGGACUCCGGACCGAGGCGGGCGGCGGAGGAGGGCGACCUCGCCCAGGGCCCGGGGCCUCACAAGGCCAAGGCCGAGCAUGGAGAGGGAUCCCAUCAGAAGAAGAGGGAGGGGAGGAACGGGGACAAGAAGAUCCACUCAUAACAGUUACUGUGCUUCCCCUGCUUCCAAGGGCGAGAUGGCAGGAGACAGGACAUCGCCCAGCUGAGGUGGCAGUCUGCAGCUUCCACAUUAACGCAUGGUGUUUUAUUUCCCGCAAGAAGACUUUAUGAUUUAGCAUGAGCAUGAAUACUCGCGUUCGUCAGUGACAAGGAGAAUUACAACUAACGGCCAUGACAUGCCAUGGUGUCAAGAGGAGCAAUUUCUUUUCCAGCUGUGGAUCAUCAACGAAAAAAAAACACACAAAGACUCAAGAACAACGGAGACAGAGAAUACCUUUCUUGUGACCAAAGACGGCACAACGGCUCGUUUGAACGGGGAAGACAGUAAAACUCCUGAAUCACCAUCUGUACUCGCCUUACAUUUCUCUUGGACCCAUAAUGUCAGGGUGCAAAAUGCUGUUUCUUUUUAACGAAGUGAUGAGUGAUUCUGCUGUAUAUAAAACACAUUGUAUAAAUUCUAAAAUACGUACGUAGCUUAUGAAUAUUAAGGCACUGUGGAGUGCAUCGAACUUAAACAACGUUAUUGAAACUGUUCCACUUUUACAGAAAUCGAGUAUAACCUCACGUGUCCUUGUAUAAUUAUUAGCAGGUUAAACAUUUGUAAAUGAAAAAAGCUAGCUUGAUUUUAACAGAGCAAGUUUCUUUAAAAUCUACUUUCAAUAAUUCUCAAAAGGGGGGAUAUCUAGUUCUGUGAAAGCGUUCGAUCAGAGCACUAAUAUUUUGAAGCAUGCGAUUCACCAUAUUUUAAUUACAGAUUUUGUAAGUUUGCAAGACAUUGUAUUAAAAACAAGGAAUAAAAACCCUUCCCCUGUGUUACCACACACAGCCCUGGUAAUUGCAACACUUGACAGUUAUUUUAAGACGCUGUCUUUAAAAUAUCUUCCUUAAAGGGGGAACAGAGUGGCUAUGCUUCAUUAUUUUCUGAUGGUCCACCGCUUGCUGAUGCUGAGCUGAAGGGCAGCUUCUGCAAACACAGACUGGAAGAGAGCAAGAAAAGCAAUCUGAAUGUAUAAGCUAGAAGACUGGUGCGCUGUACAAUUAUAACUGUAUCCUGUAUCGGCCAUAAGAUGUAGAGGUACCUGUAAGCCAAUCAUUUGUAAUUUAUCUAGCGGUGUAUUAAAGGGCAUUUUAUUUGGGUUUUGGUGAAACUUUUUUUUUCUUUAGUUGAAUCUGUUCGUUCGAGAACAACCAAACGCAUUCAUUGAUAGUCCUAAUGACAUAUGUACGUAUGAGAAAUCAACAAACACUGGAUGAUCAAAAUGAUUAUUUAAGCAUAAAAUAAAUUGUGUUUAAACUCAGAUUGUGUGUUCUUUUUAGACUUGAUCUUUAUACGCAGUGUCUAGCACUAUUUUGAUAGCCUGUUAAUAGUUCACAAAACUGUGGUUCAGUGCAUUAGAUUUCUCCUCAGUACUUAAUUUUUAAAGAGAAUGAUCAAACAGUAAUGUUAGAGCAGAUUAAGUGCACUGAUGUUGCGGUAGAAAUAAAGAUGUGGAUUACUUCAUUUAUUGAGUAAGUGAAGUUCCUGUAGGAUGCUGUGUUCCAUCCUCUAAACAUGUAAAGCAGUGACUGAAGGAAUCUUUAGAAUGGUGAAACCAUGUAAUUUAACGGUUUUGUUGAAUCUGUGUUAUUCAAGCGAAUAAUAUAUGAUGUACAAUUCUUACAGAGUGGAGCCAUUUCAGUGAGAAAAGUAUAGCACCCGAGUCAUUGGAAGGUAUUUGCUACAUUUUCUGAAAAAAAAAAAAAGCUAGUGGCUUGCUUAAAUUGAAUAAAAUAUUAAACAGCA